GUGAGCAUGAGUCGAGCAAGCGCUAAUAGCAGGAUCAGAUACCUCGCGCGCCCCGAGGACGAAACACAGACGGCAGCGGCGUGGAUUCACUCCACGGAGGACGUGAUUGCGCGCGCCUUUGAGAUUGCUUACGAUGCCGUUCACGCGCAUGUCAACAAUGACGAUGUCAAAGCCAGGUUCAUACAUGCAAACGUGCGCCCCUUCGUCCGCGCCGCCAUCAAUACCCUGUUUGAGCCCGUAAACGACAUCGCCAACGAGCUCCCCCGCGACGACUGCGAGUUCCACGACUCCUGGGUUGACCGGUACUUUCCCGACCCUGACAACCUUCCCCCCGUUCCCAGGACCCCGCGAGAGCUCGACUGUGACUGGCCUCAGUUUAGCGAUGAGACGGUAGAGGACUUCCGAAUCCGUCAUGCCGCGCAUCUUACUCAAACUGUCGUCCCGAUCCCUAUCCCUAUCCGCCCCCAGACGCUCGAGGCUCGCGGCUUGACACGGGACAGCUGGUCAUAGAGGCCGCACAGGUGCCUUCGCCUUCAUACACAAUGUAACCCGCUGCAUGCU